AUGAAUGUUGCCAAAGGAAUCGGUGCUUCCGCUGCCAUCUUGGGUGCCUCUGCCCUCUUGCUUCGUCACAGCAUCUCACGAAAAUGGAUUGACUAUCGUGCUUGUCAGAGAGACUUGGAUUUGAAUGACAAGGUCUAUGUAAUCACCGGUGGCAACACGGGUCUGGGAUAUGAGACAGCAAAGGACUUGGCCGAACGUGGGGCCACUGUGGUGAUCGCCUGUCGUGAUAUGGAAAAGGGAUUCGAAGCCAUGGAAAGUAUAAUGAAGGCGACUGGCAAUCCAGAUGUGGAAUGCCUCGAGCUGGAUUUAUGUUCUUUGGCGAGUGUUCGUGAAUUUGUCAAAACCAUUCAAUCUCACAGACAAUAUUCCACUAUCGACGGCUUGAUAUUGAAUGCUGGAGUUUGGGUGCCUCCUGCAGAAACCGCUACCAGUGAUGAUGCUGACGAAUCAGAACCCCUCGCAUCAUCCCCCACGAAGACCCAAGAUGGAUACGAGAUUCAUUUUGGUGUCAAUCACCUGGGACACUUUUUUUUGGCCAACAGUUUGGUCGAGAAUGUUAAAAAGUCAGGAGACGGCCGCAUUGUCUUCGUGGCAUCCUCCCUCUUGAAAUCGGGAAAGCUCAACUUUGAAGCCUAUGACCACAUUUACUCAGCUCGCCAGAUUCCUCCAGGCGAAAAGAAGGGAUUUGCCCCGCCCGCCUAUUGCGAUUCCAAGCUCUUUAAUGCCCUCACCUGCAAGCAACUGGCAACCAUUCUUCCACCAGAAGUCACUACGUAUUCGGUCUGCCCUGGAUUCUGUCGUUCGGAAUUGGGCCGUCAUGCCAAUCUGGGCAUGGUCAAAAAGAUGUUGGCGACACCCAUCAUGAGACUCAUUCAAAGAACCACAACGCAAGGAGCCCAAAAUAUUGUAUUUUGCGCAUUAGAAGAUAAGAAGAAUCUAAAGUCGGGAGCUUGUUAUGCUGACGGGGAGAUUUCGAAAAAGCUAGCCAAACAUGUCGAUAGUUUUGGUAUCAUGGGACCAAAGUCAGUAUGGAGCGUUUCGGAUAUGCUAGUCAAGGAUGCGGCGAAGUGA